AAGACACACAGGGGGGUGAGGAGGAGUGGGGGGGGAGGGUGUUUUACAUCAUUAAACCUUAACAACUUUAUUCAAAGAUAACGCCGACCCAGGCUGAAAACAAAACGAAAAACACAAAAACGCCGCAGCUGCAAUCGCCACCACUGCCGCACGCACAAGGAAGCGGCGAACCUCGGACUGCCAUGAUCGGGAACGGACAAUGCUUGGAGGUUUCCGUGUGGUGCUACGAUCGAGAAGACGACGGCCACCAAGUCGACGGUGAUGAAGGAGACAAUCGAGAGAAGGAGAACGACAAGGAAGUGGAGGAGAGAGGCCCGGACCAGGCCAGAGUUCGCUUCGUUGCCCCCCUUGCCCGUGCCACCUCGCACGGCACACCACGGGGCUCGCCGCCUCCGCCACCUUUCAUCGCCGUCCUCGCAUCUUCUUCGUCUUCAUCAUCAUCAUCGUCGUCUUCGUCGUCGUCUUGCGGUCGGCAUCUUCGUCUCGUCGUCAGCCCCCAUCGCAGCUCAAGGACACGAAUCUUCACCGUGUCCACGGCGGUCACCGACUUUCUGUGGGAGUGUGAAGCCGGGGAAGCCGGGGAAGCUGGUGAAGGUGGUGGUAGCAACGAGGGUGGAGGUGUGCGUCUGGUCAGCACCGAUGAAGACGGCGCCGUCACGCUGCACGAGCUCCAGCGAGAUGACGACGGUGGCGACUGGGUCAUGGCAAGGCCCCGCACGUGCCAGGCCUCCCAGCUGAUGGAAUACCUUGGACUGCACAACAGAGAAGAUGCUGGUGAACACCUCUGCUUGAGGCUGCUGAGCUUCGUGGAUGGCGUGGCGACUGUUCUGCUGCGUGGUCGUCUCCUCGUUCGAUUGCUCUGGCUGGCCGACGGUUGCCAUGCCGACGGUUGCUGGGCAGAUGUGCAGCUUCAGUGCACGCUGCUUCCUACCACCACGGCCCGGGACGAGCCAGCGGACGUUCGGCUCUGCCUGCAGAAACUGCUCGCGCUGCACGCCGACGGACAAAUCUAUAUCUAUAGCACAAUCACUGGCGUGUGUGUGGGGGCAAUUGAUCUUUCACUGAUCCUGCCAUCACCUCCGUCGGGCCUUGACGGUGGCACACCGUUUGGAUUUUUGAGGCCAUCGGAUGACCUUGGGGUGAUUGUGGCGGUGGACGCCUCUCUACGUGCCGUAUGCGUCUCCCCUGUCGACUAUUUCAGGAGGUUUCCAGAUCACAUGUUUCAGGGAAGUUGGCUGGAGGAUCCACACACUUCCAGCCAAGAAGAAAUUGACGAAUUGGAUGAGGAUUUGGAUGAGGAUGAUGUGGAGAGGGCCUUUCGUGCCCAGCUGCCGUUCAACCCGGACAGGUCGUGGGAAGCGCAGCUGGAAAGACUCCACGCGAGCAUCGAUAAGGCUUAUGGUUGCCCUCGGCAUCCUGGCGCUGACGACGGCGUCAAAGAUCCCGCACGAGAAAAAACGACAGAGUUCAGCUCUGCAGAGGCUUCAUCGUGCGACGGAGGCAACUUUGAGCAGAAUCCUGGCCUGUGUUUUGCCCGUCUUGUCGAGCCUGUCGAGCAAGUUGAGAGCGUCACAAUUUUUUCCAUCUGCAACACCUCAGUCCUGUUUGCCAUUGGCCAUCCAAAUGACGAGACGAAUGGGGUAACUGUGGUCCUGUGGCAGUUUUCGAGUGGGAUCCUGAUGACCCACAAGAUGGAAGGACCUUGCAUACCUGUAGAAAUGGAACAAGUUGAGCAUCCGUGUUUGCUCGUGAAAGGAACUGGCUUGAGCAUGGUUCUUUUUGGAAUUGGUCAGGAUGAACUGUUGAAGCGCCUCAUGAUUCAUUCCGGCGUUGGUGUGGUGGAUGCCGUCUGCGACCGCAAUAACUGGACCCGCUGCUCCAUUCCCAUCCAUGCCCUGGAGGCUGCUCUAAAGAACAGGCAGCUUGACACAGUGGAUUUUUUUCUCAAGAGCCAAGAAAAUUUGUUUGAUGUGAGGGAGGGUGAAACAACAUUGACGCAACUGAAAGGCCUCCAGGAUCUGGUCCCUGCACUUGAGGUGCUGCGUCACGCCGUUGCAGGGAGCAGCGCGGAUGCGUCCUCCCAGCCAUUUGCCGAGCAGCUCCUGCACCGCGCGCUCGGUUUCCUUCACACCCAACUGCGCCGGCUGUACGACCCCACUCCCAGCCUCGACCAGCACCAGCAGAAGUGUGCACAGCUCCUGAUGGGAUUCCUUAUUGAGCUGCGGCAGUACAUGCGGCGCUACCCGUGGCGGCAGGACGAGGAGGAGGAACACGGAGGUGGUGGUGGUGGCGGCCACGCGGGUAGCGGAGAGUCGGACGAGGAAAUCUUGGACCUGCCCGGCACUGAACACUGGGAUGAGCUCCCCACUGAUGAAGUCAUCCGGGAUGCCGUGCUCACAAACCAGAUCCCUAUGGCUCAGGCGUGGCUACGUGUGAAGGGCCACGGGGCCUGGAGGCUCGGCCCGUUCACGAACAGGGGGCUCCACCUGGCCCACUGCGCCCUGCAGGGUGGUGACCUCGACAUGGCCACAAAGCUCAUCUUCAACAUGGGAUUCGAUACAACUGAGCAGUUGCGCAACAUUUGUUGUUACACACUGGAGACAAACCUGCGGGACUUCCUGGUUGAGAAGUUGAUUGAGGCAGAUUCGCUGACCCGGAGCGAAAUAACGACCGCCGAAUUUGUACGUCGUGUGGAGCCGCUCUACGCUCCCCGCACGGAGGAUGAUGACAUUGGCAAGGGGUCGGCGAGGAGCUCAACAAAUAUCUGGGGUCUCGCAGUGGCUGAGGGCAGCAGAGAUGCCCUGCUCGAGAGAGUCACAACCUCUGGUCAGGCGACUACUGGCGGGGUCGGCAUUAUGCUGGACUGGGCAUAUCGAUGGGAUGAUGUCACUCGGCAAAGGAUCCUUCUGGACCGGCAUGCGGGGACGGAUAAAGCUGUGGACAAAGACUCGACCGCCUACUCCCCCGAGGUGCUUUGGUCCUUCCUAACGUCGCGCAAUGAUGGUCCACGGCUGGGCCGCUGGGCCACGGCCUCGGCCGGAGGCGUGGUGCGGGAGGCCGCCUGGCCCGACCUCCCUGUCGACAUGUCCUACGGCUGCUCAUUGUGCAGCCUCCACCUCCGCGAUGCUGUGCUGGAUGAGAUGGCGAGGCGGGGAUGCUUUGUCCCAGCAGAAGCGUCUGAUCUGGAGCGGUUGGUCGUCCGGUUGAGUAGAACGGGUGGUCUUAUGCAGCCUAUUCAUCCGCUUGCUCUCCGCAAGGCAAUGGCUGACAGGGCGCUCGUGGAAGGCUCGCGGAACGGAGCGGACCCCCCCGCAUACUCCGCGCCUCGAAUUGGCGAACCAUCGGACGUGGAGCUUUUCCACGAUGGUUUCAUCCGCUACUGUGUGGAGAGCGAGCUGCGGCACCUCCUCUAUGCCUACCUGCACUACUACAAGCUGGAGCAAUCAUCGGGUCCAUCUGUCCUCUCUGACGAAGCUCUGAGGGCCGCCCAUCCUUGGUUUGACCUUCUCCUCCACAUUUUUGAAAUCCAGCAUUUAUCGCACGGCGACCAGCAACCGGCAGAUACGCGGGCCCUGUACCUCGCCAGCUUGGCCAACGCUCAGAUGGUCCUGCCCAGCAGCCAGGCUGGUGUGAGCAGCAUGCUGACAGAAGGUCGUACGCUGCUGGCGCCCGCCACCUUGCUGUACUCGCCUGGUGGUCUGGACGGAGGCGUCUCCCAGGUCGACGGGCAGCUGCUGAGGCUCGCUUUGUCGCGAUUCCCCAAGCUGAGAGCCGCCCUCUUCCCACAGCAGAGCACGCACGGCCUGCCUUUUCCCGACGUCUCGCUCUACCACUUGCUCCAGGCCCUGACUCCCUUUGAUCCGUCGCGCCUCUAUGGAUGGCAAGAAGCAAAUUCUUUGGCAGCUGCAGACGCCGCAUCGGAGCUUCCGCACUUCUCGCUCCCGUCGUUGGUGAGCCGGCACAGCACGCGGGAGACACUGGGCUUCACGUACUUCCUGUUGCACGGCCGCCCCGCCUAUGCCUUCGCCUCCUUCCUGGCCUGGCGCCUCGAGCGUGGCUCGCUGUCUUCCCGCAGUUUGGUGCGGGCGAGCGAGGAGGCCUACACGCUGGCGCUCGUGCACUUCGACUCGCCCGCCGUCCCGGCCGCGUGCGUCGCCUUCCUCGAGCUGCUGGCCGUCCCGACGGCGCGCGUGCGCGUGGACGUGCGCGCCGCGCGCCUCGUCAGCGCCCACCUCCUUGGCCCUUCCGAGCACGCCGUCCCCACCGCCGACUCCGGUUCUGUGCUGGGCUCCGACUCGGGUUCGGUGUCGAGCGCCGGCCGGGGCUCCACCUCUGGUGUUUCGUCUGUCUCCAGCGCCGCCAGGGACUUGGAAGCCCGGGAGUUGCUCCACAGUAGCCUGGUGGGGAGGCUGGUGGAGCUGGUGCACAGCGUGGAGCCGGCUGUCUCGUUCCUUCUCGGCGAACUGGAGAGCGCCGUAGCCCUCGGGGUGGAGGAGGCUGGGCUGGACAGCACAUCGCUCAAGGCGGGCAGGGAGUGGGACCUGGUCGUGCACUUCUGUCGGGGGCACGGCGUGGCCUUGACGGAGGUCUACCCUCGUGCCUGCGCCGCCGCCGAACAGUGGCUGCCCUUCCUCGCCUUCGUCCACCACCACGCCUACCCCGUCGAGCAGGUCAAGACCCUGAUCAACGGUUUCGGCCCUGCUCUCAGAAGCCACCUACUGCUGGCUUUCUCCAGCCUCCGGGGAUGGAGCAAGGUGGCCGAGUCGCCCGACUUGUUCGGGGUCCUGAUCGAGAGCCUGGCCUCUCCGCGGCCGUGCGCGUACCUGCUGAGUCAGGCCGUGAGCCACAGAGCACCUGUGCUCAGCGUGUUGGCUGCUGGCCUCCAGGAUGCACAGCCCGUGCGCUGCCUGUGCGCGUGGAUCGCCGCGUCCGCAGCCGACCCCGGCGCCCGCUCAGCGUGGGCCCAAGCCUGGGAUGCGGCGGAAGGGCAGCCCGAGGAAGGACCGGGGCAGGAGAUGGCCGCGGUGUGGGGACCCUGUGCGCUUUCGGGCCUUGUGCAGGACUGCCUGGGGCGACGGCUGACUCACGUCCUCAUUAGCGGUUUCCAGCUCUUUCUGCCGAAGUGUCCCUUCCAGCAUUUGCUGCAUAUGUUUGAGCUCUGCAUGGAGCAGAAAGACUACAGCGGCGCCAAACUGAAGCUCCAGGAUUUCAUACGGGACCUGGAUGAUCUGAAGGUGUUGUGCCCGCACGGGGACAACGAGGGGGUCUCCGUGGAGUGGCUGGAGACGCAGGCCUCCAUGCUCCUGCUGCUGCUCAUUGAGCGCAGCGACACACCCUAUCAACUUCACCGCCUCUUCCGCCUGCUGUCCAAGUCGCAGCGCAUCCUGAAGUCCACUGUGCACGACUUCACGGCGCUGAGCGAGCUGCUGGAGAUCCUGCGCGGCUCGGGGGUUUGCGUUGCGCCAUCGGUGCUGGCGGAGUUCAGCGCCGAGGCCCUGAGAGCCGACUGCGUGCGCAUCACCGCGAGCCUGCAGGACAGGGGGCUCUUCACGCAGGCCAAGGAGGUGGCCGGCCUCGUGAGCCUUCCCGUCGACGACAUGGUCGUUAACGAGAUCAUUCAUUCCAUCGGCACCAUGAAGGACAAAAGCCAGUGGCAGGAGCCGAAGGUGAGGGUCUACUUUUGGAAGCGCUGCCACAGCACCUUCGAGGACAUCACAAUGUCCCCCCGAAAGGCCGCAGAGUUUUUCAAAACGCAGGCAUCGGAGCUUUCCAAGUGGCAUGCGGAGUCGGACAGCGAAACGCCGGAUGCCCACAGCAGAACUGAGACCGCUACGGAGCUUGUGUACGAGGAGCUCUGCUUGCUCACACUCUCCGGCCACUGGCUCGGCAGCGACAAGACAGCGCGUGCCGAGGAGUUGGAAGCGACGGAGAAGCGGUGUUGGUUUCACAAAAUCCGGCUGCUUCUGUCCACGGGCAGAAGCCUUCGUCCAAAAUUAAGCAGGCACAGAAUCGAGGAUAACCUGGAGACUGACGUACUGGGCUUGAGCCAAACCAUCGCAAAGUUCUGUUUCUCAGACCAUCCCCUCCUAAAUGAGCCACUCCAGCUAUCCCUCAAGAGGCUGCCCUCCUUGUCGGAGAGCAUCGUGCGAUCGCAGGACGAGCCGGUGAACUUUGAGACAGACCCCACCGUGCUGGACGAGCGCGAGACCCAAGCCCUGCGGACGCUAGUGAACCAGUCGUUGGACGCGAGUAAGAUUUCGGAGGCCGUCCGCGUGUGCCGCUACUUUGGCCUCAGCUGCUUCGAUGUACGAUUGGCCAUGGGCUGCCUUGCGCUGGCCCGGGGGGAGGAGAGUGUCAAAAGCCUGCCCACGGACAUCCUGAGCAUCCUCACAAGCGACGGUGACACUCACACUGCUCGGCAUCGGAGCUUGAGCGUGUCGAGUACCAGCUCGUUCGUGUUGGUCCCCUCGGAGGAAGAGAACGGGGUGGCGAGGGCGAUCUCUGCGCUGGCGGGCGCGUGCACCUUCGGCGGGCAGUUCUGCCGCCAGGUGCUCAACGCGUACGAGCUGGCCAAGGACCUGGGCCGGGACUUUAUGUCCGUGCUGAGCGCAGACGGAGAGGCUUUGAUUCGCGAUGUCCUGAGCUCGGAGCGCCCUGACCGAGUGGCGCGCGCGCGUAUGCUGGCCGACACCCGGCGCGUUCCGACAGAAACCAUCGCCACUCUCCUUGCCGGCAUCAUCGAGCGAUCCUUACUGUCCGUGGACAGUCCCGGGAAAGAAUCAACGACGCGCCCAGUCUACCGGUUGGAGGAGGGCAAGCAAGGCUUCCUGCAGUUGCUCAAGCUGUGCGCUGACCCACCGGCACUCGGAAUGAAACUCAUGGCUGCCUCUGCCAAGCUCGGGGGCGGCAACAAGUCGGCUUGUGUGGAGCUCUUGCUGCUGGCCCACGAGUGCUUCACCAUCGCGUGCCACAUGGAGGGCAUCGUGGAGGUCCUUCGGGUGGCCAAGCAUCUCACCCAUCACUGCCUGGUGCCUGCCCAGGAGUACAACCUCAUGGUGCGGCUGCUGGUGGAGAUGGGACGCUACACGGAGAUGACCUACAUCCUCGACAUCCUCAACCAGAAUCACCAGUUUGAGCUGCUGCUCCGCAAGAAAGGCACCUCCGUGAGUGACGGACGACUGAAAGCCGCGCUGCUCAAGUACAUCCGCCAGCAACACCCGGGGGACAGCGAGAAGUACAACAUGGUGGCGCUGUGCUUCAGCAUGAGCCGAGAGAUCGCGGAGAACCUGGAGGGGGCGGCGCGCACUCGCCUCAAGCUCAUCGCCGCCCAGCCCUGGGAGGUGACACCAGAGCUGAAAUCAACACUGGAGCAAGUACUGACGUUUCUUAAGGAUGCAACAGAGAGCUACAAGAAGGAGUCGUGCUUGCGGCAGGCGCUGUCGUGCGUGCGUCUGGCCAAGCUGGUGCGCCUGCAGCUGCACAUGCUGGCGUCGGGCCAGAAGGUGCAACUCAUCAACCUGGAGGGAGACGAUCUGGCUCGCGUCGCCUGCUCGCUGCCCAAGUACUACCAGGUGGCGACGGUGGCGGACGCGUACGGCUACAAACCUCGCUGGGCUGCGGUGCUUCACCACCAGGUGGUCCAGCAGGGAAACUUCAGCUUCUUCGAUGACUUCAAGAGCCGGGGCCAGUUGGAGUCCGCUAUAAUCCUGGACGUUGUCAACAUCUACAGGAAGGUGGAGGAGCCGUCGGCGGCGCACCGCGACAACAUGAAGAAGCUGCUGCGCCAGAGUUGGAACACGUGCCUGUGCCUCACCUACAGCAUGGCCUUCCAGUGCGACUUCCGGGAUCUCGCCGGCGAAAUGCUCGCCCACCCGGGCGCCAAGUACUACCUCAACGACACGCUCGCCAGCUACCAGGCCGGACGUUUAAAGUGGAGCUGAGCUUUUUCGCAUCCUCCAUUUCCACUGCAAGGAGCACAAGGCGGGAGGGGGGGGAAAUGGUUACCAAUCGGGCACUUAUGGUGCGGUGCUGGAGGAAGCUUUUCAAGCGAAAAGCGCCUUAGGAGCGAUGAAAGUGCACAUGAUUGUUCACGUUUGCGUUCGGAGUUCUCAUGAAAACCAUUUCAUGGAGAUUCUUGAGUUGGUCAAAACACCGGGAAUGAUUUUCAAAAAUGGGGAAAAUGCAGUGUGGCUUAAAAUCCAGUGCAAUUUCUUCGAGGCUUUUUCAGUGCAAAACUCUCAAAAAAUGUUCACCAUUAAGUUGAAUGCCUUUUUUUCCCACAUCUAGAUUUAAAUGAAAGAUUGUUUCACUUUAAGAUGUUGAAAUGCACAAGGUGUCUUGUACAAAAUUAACACGAUUAUACGCAAUGCGUAGAAUAAAGGCUGCACAAUGUUUAUCAUUUCAAAUGUCCUGUGACAAGUGCACGGCUCAGUGGCAAUAUACAAAGUCAUAUCAUUGCUCCGAGCUUAAAGUAAAAAAAUAUAUUAAAAGAACAAAUUGUACACAAAUGCAAGCUGUACCAAUUUCUCAUCCGUACCCUUGUCUUAAUUCAACAAAUGAGCUCAAAUGUCACUGCCUGUCAGCUGCUGUGCAGCACAAGCAGGUUUUUUUGUUUCAUGGAACAAUUAAGAAUCAUAGCCAUAAGGUGGAACUCGGGAACUAAAAGCACCAGACAUGGCCAUGUACAAUUAUGCAAUGCCACAACAUGCAAAUAAUAUAUAUUUGUUCAAUAAACCUGAACGGAAGAAAAUAAUCUAUUGUGCCGGUUAAUUUUGCAUCUUAUUAACUGUGACACCAGAAGCAAAGGAGCAUUUGCAAACAUCUGGCAGGCAUGUCCAGCGGAUGUUGAUUUGUUAGAAUGUCAAAUGUGAGCCGCGAAUUUUAUUAAAUUCGCUGCUCACGUUUCCAACCCAUUUGCCACUUUGCUCAUCGAGGCUCUGUUAGAUAAAUUGCAGUGAAAUGGCCACCUGUACUGAGACUCGAAGAAUAAAUGCACACUUCCAUUCCAUUUGUGCUUCUCGCCCAAGUGUAGCAGUUGUUUAUCUAGGGAAGCUUCUGAGUUUCAAGUCACUCCAAAUUGGAUCUUGCACAGUGGGAAGAUUGGCCAAUGCGCCUCAAUAUUUUAUUGUGGGAGGAAAUUGGCGUGCUCGGAUAAAUAUUUUAUACAAAACCAUGCUUUGCAUGCAGUUGGGCAACUGCUACAAAUGCUUGGAACUUUAUCAGUAUUGCAAGAGGAACGAUUUUUACCGUACAUCACAUUCACGUGUUCUGGCCAUGUAGUAAAAUAUCUUUAGAUACUU